AUGUUAAGACAGGAAAAUUAAAAGCCAAUGAAGAUGGUCAUUCAAAUGAAGUUAACUCAAUUUGUUACUCUCCUAAUGGAAAUAAAUUAGUAUCUGAUAGUCAUGAUAAGUCUAUUAGUUUACGGGAUGUUAAGACAGGAAAAUUAAAAGCCAAUGAAGAUGGUCAUUCAAGUGAAGUUAAUUCAAUUUAUUACUUUCCUGAUGGAAAUACAUUAGUAUCCGAUAGUCAUGAUAAGUCUAUCCGUUUAUGGGAAGUUAAGAUAGGAAAAUGAAAAGCCAUUGAAGAUGGUCAUUCUGGAACAGUUAAUUCAAUUUUUUACUCUCCUGAUGGAAAUACAUUAGUAUCUGAUCGUCAUGAUAAGUCUAUUAGUUUUAUGGGAUGUUGAGAUAGGAUAAUGAAAAGCCAAAUUAGAUGGUCCUUCUGGAACAGUUAAUUCAAUUUAUUACUUUCCUGAUGGAAAUAAAUUAGCAUCUGGUAGUGAUGAUAAGUCUAUGCGUUUAUGGAAACUUAAUACAGGAAAAUUAAAAGCCAAAUUAGAUAUUCAUUCUGGAACAGUGAAUUCAAUUUAUUACUUUCCUGACUGAAAUACAUUAGCAUCUGAUAGUCAUGAUAACUCUAUCUGUUUAUGGGAUGUUAAGACAAGAUAAUAAAAAGACAAAUUGGAUGGUCAUUCAAGUACAGUUUUUUCAAUUUGUUACUCUCCUAAUGGAAAUACAUUAGUAUCUUGUAAUCAUCAUAAGUCUAUCUGUUUAUGUGAUGUUAAGACAGGAAAAUUAAAAGCCAAUGAAGAUGGUCAUUCAGAUAUGGUAUAUUCAAUUUGUUACUCUUCUGAUGGAAAUACAUUAGUAUCUGGUAGUCAUAAUCAGUCUAUCUGUUAAUGGGAUGUUAAGACAGGUUAUUAAAAAGCCAAAUUAGAAGGUCAUUCUUAUAAAGUUUAUUCAAUUUGCUACUCUCCUGAUGAAAAUACACUAGCAUCUGUAGUGCAGAUAAGUCUAUCUGUUUAUGGGAUGUUAAGAUAGGAUUAUAAAAAGCCAAAUUAUAUGGUCAUUCAAAUGCAGUUAUUUCAAUUUGUUACUCUCUUGAUAGUACUAAAUUAGCAUCUUGUAAUCAUGAUAACACAAUCUGUUUAUGGGAUGUUAAGAUAGGAUAAUGAAAAGCCAAAUCAGAUGGUCAUUCAAAUAAUGUUAAUUCAAUUUGUGAUGGUACUACAUUAGCAUCUGUUAUUGAUGAUAACUCUACCCAAUUAUGGGGGAUGUUAAAACAGGAUAAUAAAAAGCCAAAUUAGAUGA